AUUGCUGCUUCUCUCACUCUGCCUUAUAAUAGUUGACGUCGCCACUCGUCGAUCUCACUUUGCUGCUUUAAUUGGUCACCUUCAACCUCUUCCUUGCCCUCGAUCGCUUUUCUUCAGUCAAAACUCUGGCUAACAUGGCUACUUGUCCUAGCAUGAUUGUACCAGAAGUUCUUAGUAAAGAAAAUUAUAAAAGGUGGAGCAUUUUAAUGCGACACUAUUUAGUAGCUCAAGGUCUUUGGGAUGUUGUUGAAUCAAAUGAGAUGCCUGGCCAGAUAGGGUGGGUUAAAAAUAAUGCUUUAGCUCUGCAUUCAAUUAAGAUUUCAUGCGGAACAGAAAUGUUCAAUCGGAUUAUGGAGAUGAAUUCAGCCAAAGAUGCUUGGGAUGCUUUAGCCGAAAUGUGUAGAACCCCUUUCUAUCACGACAUUUUUGAGCUCCAAGAAGUUUUCUAUAGAGACGUUCACGAGUUGCAAGUGGAAACGCUACCAGGUUUUAUUACAUCUCCUCUGUUCCGAGUUUGCUAUUUCUUCUGCGCAUUUGUUGUUGGAGGUCGAAUUUCUAUUGCCUUACAAGUUACAAACAUGAUUGGCAGGGCAACAAAAGACCUUGCAUGAUUUGAUUUGCCGGAGGAAUAUUGGCAAAGUAAAGCAGUUCUUACGCGACAAUCAGGAUUCAAGAUCUGAAAGUAUAUUAGACGCUGCUAUCCGCGAUGCAAUUACUGCUGGUAAGAAAGACAUUGCACGCUAUCUCUACAAGAAGACUCUGCAAUGUCUAGAUGGAGAUCGUGACUUCUUCCUCUUCGAAGAUCGUGGCUUCUUCCUCCUCCAAGAGUGUAUAAAAAAGAAAAUGUUUGGUAUGAGCUUUAAGAAUCUUUUUCUUUUUGCCGUUAAUGUUUCACUUUUAUCUCACAAACUUUGGUAUCAGAUAUUGCAUUCGAUCUACUCCACUAUCUACCAGACCUGGCAUUCAGAUGCCCUUCUGAUUCCACUCCACUCAUUUUAAUGCUUGCUCAAUCACCCUCAUUGUUGGAAGGAAGACUUUUUGGAUCUUUGUCACUGUGGAUAUAUAAUUAUAUAAGAGUGAAGUCAUACCUCAUCAAACCAAGAGGGACUCCAGCUAAUGGUGUUGGCGUCGUGGAAGACCAACAAACACGAGGGGAAUCAAUCAUUUCAGUGCUUAAAUCCCUUUGUUCUAAUACUGGAAAUUCAUCAGGGGCACUUGAUACUUGGUUUUCAUUUUGGAUUGGAUUUUCACUCGAGAUUCAGCUCGGCCAGUUACCUAGAGAGCACAACAUCAGCAUCGUGGAGCCACAUAGGUGAAAGCUUGCUACAUGUGAUGAAAACGCCUAGCAUUGUUCAUUAUGUCGGUGAAGAUCACCCUGGAAAUAAUGCCUCCCUCAGUUAUUGAUAUGGUGGCCAAAGUUGCAUUAGGAAUUCUAAGGAAUCACCAUGAUAAUCCACAUUAGUGAAUUUAGUAUAUUCAUUGACGUUGUAUACAAGGAAAUUCACUGACGUAGUUUAUACAAGGGAAUAUAUUGAUGUUGGAGUUCACAUCAAAGUUUUUACAUUAAAUGCCUUUAAUUAUACGUCGAUAAAUAAACCUUCACCAAUGUGGGAAGCAUCGUUGUAUAAAAUAUUUUGUACAGC